AUGAACUAUUCCACUAGCACCAACAAUGUAUUUGGUAAAUUUAAGACAGAAUUAGAGUGGAAAGUAGAGGAGCUUAUGCUGGAGGAGGAGGAAUUCAGGUUGCGUAAAAAACGCAUGGAAUUCGAGCGACGAUUCGAAAGUGUACUUGCAGACGAAGUUGAAGCACGAGGUGUACAGUUGGAAUCUCCUUACAAACCACAGGCUAAUUUGAUGCCUUCAGAGGUUGACGCGGUUCAGGCUAUUGAGUCAUCUCUUAAAUUGCUUAUCAUGGGAAAUAGCCUACCUAAGAUUGAGGUAAACUGUUUUGAUGGCUCACCUCAGCACUAUCACAAGUUUGUGCGCAAUUCUGAAGACAGCGUUGCUGAUCAAAUUGCAGACAACAAUCAGAAAUUGUUUUAUUUAUUGUACUAUUGUAGAGGCAAAGCAAGAGAAGCAAUAGAACAUUGUUCGCUGUUGCCCAAAGGUGAUGGAUACCAUGAGGCCUUACGCAUUUUACGGCAUCAGUUUGGCCGUCCACAUGACGUUAUUCGAGCGGUAAGCGGUAUUUGCUGGUCCUAG